AAAAAAAGCACUUCACUCAAAUUGUUAAGGGGAGGCAGAGAGAGAAAGGGAAAAGAAAAUUGGGCUUUGAAAUUUGAACAUGUAGUUGCUAGAGAGAGAGUGUGUGUGAAAUGGAAAGAAGAGAAAAAGGUGUGGAGGGAGAGAACAAAAGCGUUGGAUUAAUGGUGGAAAAGUUGAGGGAAGGGGUUUUGGUGGGGAAAAAGGGAGGGCCUAGUACACCACCACCCACAUGGAGACUUGAACUUCCAUCUCAGCCCAGUGGUAAUGUUAGUGACAAGGUUCAAGAGUUUCUUAACUUUCCCACUUCAACUCUUUCUGCUAGAAACCUCUGUGCCAACCUCUGGGAACUUCUGCCCCACCAACACACCCCACUUCCCAGAAUGAACAAGCAUGCCACUGGCACCACCCUCCGCCGCCGUUACCGCCAUAAUCGCCGCCGCCUGCACCAUCCUAAGAAUACAGCAUCUGAAGUGGACAACAACCAAUUGGCUGAGCCUCCAGAUACCCCUUCUGAUUCUGAUCAGCCAGGAUCAGCUAGUAGCUCAAGAAGGCAUUUCGCAGCAUCACUUGUUCAACAUCGUAGAUCAGUAGAAAGAAAUGACUCUGCUGUACAGCCUGUAUCCCCUGCUUGUUACAGUAGCUCAGCCUCAGUGGACGUAGCACCAUAUAAAUGUGCAGUAACCCCCACAAGCUCUGUAGACUUCAAAGGUAGGAUUGGAGAGUCAAGUUACAACCUUAAAACGUCCACAGAAUUACUUAAGGUACUCAACCGUAUUUGGAGCCUUGAAGAACAGCAGGCAUCAAAUAUAUCAGUAGUGAAAACCUUAAAAAUGGAACUAGAUCGGUCUCAGGCACGGAUAAAGGAGUUACUACGAGAUAAACAAAUUAGUAGGCAGGAAAUGGAGAACUUAGUAAAGCACUUGACAGUGGACAAGCUUAUCAGGAAGAACAAAGAACAUGAUAAAAUUAAAGCUGCAGUUCAAUCAAUCAAGGAAGAGCUAGAAGAUGAGAGGAGGUUACGACAACAUUCAGAAAACCUGCAUCGGAAGCUGGCUAGGGAGCUUUCUGAAGUCAAGUCCUCCUUCUCAGGUUCUUUGAGAAAUCUUGAAAGAGAGAGAAAAGCACGAAUCCUUUUGGAGAAUUUGUGUGAUGAGUUCGCCAAAGGAAUAAGAGAUUAUGAACAAGAAGUACAUUCUCUUAGACGGAGUUCUGAGAAGGGUCAAGGUCAGGGCCAGGUUAAAGGGAGUAAUGGCCUUGAUAGGCUUAUACUUCAUAUUUCAGAAGCUUGGCUUGAUGAGCGCAUGCAGAUGAAGCUAGCUCAAUCAGACAGUGAUCUCAUAGAGAGAAAUUCAAUUGUUGACAAGUUAGGUUUUGAUAUUGAAACAUUUCUUCAUGCCAAACGAUCGGUUGAUUUGAAAAAAUACGGCUACUCCUCACCAAAGGAGCUCAAGGAAAUUCACCCUUGUCAGCAUUCAUUGGAUUCCUUCCCACUAAAAGAGGCUGGAAGUGCACCUCAUAAUAUGGCUCAGGAAGAUUCCAUUGACACCGACUUUUUUGAACCAAAAAGGGCUGCUGGUGAAGGACUGCACAAAUUCAGCUCCAGAUUGCAUUCAAACAUGGACAGGAACAUAUCAUGGGAUGAUAAUGAGAGUUGUUUUGUGGAGAGGAAAUCAAGUGAAAUGGAAGAAUUACCAAAUGAAGAAGAGACCAAACAUGAUCCACACGAGAGUGAUGGACCAUGGAUCCUGAGAAUGAACUCCAGUCACAGGCCAGAUAACGUGGUUGGAAACAGUUCCUUGUCAUCAGAAGGUGAUAAGGUUUAUCCUGAGAGCAUCUGCAAGGAAGAUUCCUAUGUCCACUCUGCAGUUACAGCUAAUGGUAGUCCUCUAAAACUGUGGAAAUCAAAGUUGAAUGUUUCAGAUUUUGACAAGUCUGAGUCUUCUACCAAAUUGCCAAAGGGAGUAAAGGAAAACACAUUGAUGGCAAAACUCCUUGAAGCAAGAUUAGAGGGACAGAAAUCUCGCUCUAGAACCAGCAAAAGCACUUCUUGAUCAACUAGAGAAUAGCUGCAAUGAGAUUUACUGUAGGGUCUUUCGUCAAAUUCUAGUAACCAUCUUGUACACAUGAAUCUUUCAGCUAUGUACAUGGUUGGAUGAAAAUCAGAUUUGUAUCAUGUAAAAGAUGUUUGAUCUCACUGUGCCUACCAAGUGCUGGGUGGUAUUAGUGAUUUGAGAUAUGUAGAACUGACCUUAUUUUCCGAAAUUCCACUAGAUAUAGCCCAGAAUCAUGACAUUGAAUCACAAUCCCAUGUGUAGAAAAUCAGAGAUCAUAACUUUCGUUAUUUUUUUUCA